GCUCACCUCACCACGCGGAGAAAACAGAGGAGAAAGAGAAGAGAAGAGAAAAUAUCCCUCCCACCUCGUCACCCCAGCUUCCUCCGCUGCCUCACCACAGCACGCCGACGAGCUCUCUCCAGUCACCACGCACGACGCCUCCUCUCCCCUUCCCCCAGAUCCGAAGCGACUGCCGCCGGCUCGCGAUCUUCCCGAACCGUACAAGAACCCGGCCGUGGCGGCGGCCGCGGCAGCGACGUACGGUGGCGGCGAGGGGUGUAUGAGGAGCAGGAACGACUGCGGGACCGCGAUUCGGAGCAGGAGCCGGUGGGGCAAGUGCGGCUGACCCGCGCCUGAGCGAGAGGCCGGUCUGUGUGUCUGGUGGGAUCGUGGGAGGAGGGAGAAGAAAGAAAGAAAGGUCGAUCUUGGGAAGCUUCCACUACGGGCUCCGAGAUGCAGAACGGCGAUUUGCGCAAGAAGAGUGCAGCGGAAAUUGAUUUCUUUACUGAAUAUGGCGAUACUAAUCGAUACAAAGUUCUGGAGGUCAUAGGCAAAGGUAGUUAUGGACUUGUAUGUUCUGCAAAUGAUACACAAACAGGAGAGAAGGUUGCAAUAAAGAAGAUACACAACAUUUUUGAGCAUAUAUCGGAUGCUGCACGCAUACUCCGUGAAAUCAAGCUUCUCAGGCUUCUUAGGCAUCCUGAUGUAGUGGAAAUAAAGCAUAUCUUGCUCCCCCCAUCCAAAAAGGAUUUCAAAGAUAUAUAUGUUGUCUUUGAACUUAUGGAGUCAGAUCUUCAUCAAGUAAUAAAGGCUAAUGAUGAUUUGACGAGGGAGCAUUAUCAGUUUUUCUUGUAUCAGAUGCUUCGAGCUUUGAAAUAUAUGCACACAGCAAAUGUCUAUCACCGAGAUUUGAAGCCCAAGAAUGUGCUUGCCAACGCAAAUUGCAAACUCAAAAUUUGUGACUUUGGCUUGGCGAGAGUUGCAUUCAAUGAUGCACCUACGACAGUCUUCUGGACAGAUUAUGUGGCAACGAGAUGGUAUAGAGCACCUGAACUUUGUGGGUCCUUCUAUUCUAAGUAUACACCAGCUAUUGAUAUAUGGAGUAUAGGGUGCAUUUUUGCCGAGGUGUUGAUUGGAAAGCCUCUAUUUCCUGGUAAAAAUGUUGUUCACCAGCUGGAUUUGAUAACUGAUGUUCUGGGGACACCUUCAUUAGAUGCUAUUUCUCAGGUGCGGAAUGACAAGGCAAGAAAAUAUCUGACAUGCAUGCGGAAGAAACAGCCUGCUUCGUUUUCGCAGAAAUUUCCAAAGGCUGACCCAUUAGCAUUACGAUUGCUUAGGAGGCUUCUAGCUUUUGAUCCAAAGGAUCGUCCCUCUGCUGAAGAGGCAUUGGCAGAUCCAUACUUUAAUGGACUAGCAAAGGUAGAGCGAGAACCAUCUUGUCAACCGAUACCAAAAAUUGAAUUUGAAUUUGAGGGUCGUAGAGUAACAAAGGAGGACAUCAAGGAACUGAUCUUUGAAGAAAUUUUGGAGUAUCAUCCUCAAUUACUGAAGGAGCAUAUCAGUGGAACAGACAGACGAAACUUUGUUCAUUUAAGUGCUGUCGACCAAUUUAAGAAACGCUUCGCUGAACUCGAGGAAAAUGGUGGCGAAAAUGGAUCAGCUGUUUCAUCACAGAGGAAACAUUCUUCUUUGCCAAGGCAAUCCUUCAACCCCCAUUAGACGUGUAAUGACCUGUGACAGUGAAAACUCACAGGAUAUGAAGAUCCAAGAAGCUUACCAUCUGUACUCCCUCGGCAACCAAAAUAUGAAGCACCGCACUCUCAGAACCAAGUAUCUAGUGGGUCAGUGCUUGAUGCGACAGGUCCAACUCCCAACACAAUAUGUACAUGGAGGAGUAUAUGUAGACUCCAGAACAGGGAACUUACUUCUAUCUGCAUCAUGGUAUAAGGGUUGAUAUACCAGGUGAGGAGUAUAUGUAGACUCCAGAUCAGGGAACUUACUUCUAUCUGCAUCAUGGUAUAAGGGUUGAUAUACCAGGUGACAGUAUCGCACAGGCAGUCUCUGUUCCUCAUGGCUCAGUUCUGGCUGUAUGUUGCAGCAUGGCGUUUCCAGGGAUGUUUCGAGCCUAGGGUUAUUUGGCAUUGAAUCAUGGAGGUCUGGCUUUUUUAUUUGUUAGUCCCCCAAAUCAUGGAGGUCGAACCUAGGAUUCCAGCUUCAUCUUGUACAUGGGAUGUUUCACAGCUUCUUUGCAACCAAGCCCCCCAAAUGUACCACACAGUUGGAUCAUAAUGUGCCUCCUAGGGAUUGAGUUGCAAAGCUCGUUUGUUCUGAAUGCUUAAACUUUUUCCAUGGGAAGCUGUGAGGUGGCUAGGUCAAAGAAUAGGAUUGUCGUGAUUUACUUCAACCGCUAAUAUCAGUUGUUUAGGAAAUACUCCUGCAUUUUAACGCGAGGGACCUUGCUGUGUUUAGCAGCGUGUUAACCAAA